GUUUUUCGGCGCGCAUCCAUCCCGCGCACCAAUAGCAUUCAAACCUCUGCGACGUGGUGGCUCGGAGGGCCGAAGCAGCAUCGGUGACGUCGGGAGGGACGCUAGCCGGUCUCUGUUAGCUCGUUCUUGAGCGGCGGCGACCUCGUGUGCGCCGCUACCCGAACGAGACGGGAGAGACGAGAGAGCUGGGACUGCCGGUAGUUGGCCUCGUCGCAUCGGCGGACGCUCGUUCGUAAGAGAGGGAGGGCAAGAUAGGCCAGAAUGUAUCGGGUCGGCCGCCAGUGAGCAUCGCGGGUUCUCUCCAAAGAGCCUCUCCUCAGCAGAGUGGGAGGACGUUACCGAGGAGCUCUUCUAGCUUCGGGUGCUCGAGAAGAAGCGAUUCGAAAAAGUACGUUGGGGCGCGGGUUGCCCGCGCGUAGCGCUCCGACCUUGUGUGAGCGUGCGGGACGAGCGUGGACUGUAGAGACGAGACCGUCCCUUACACCGAGAUUCGGGAUCAGGAGCCGGAGGUCAUCGGGAGUCAAGUAUGCUGGCCGCCCAAAUCUGCCGGGAGUUCCACCUGGGCGUGAUCGCAUCGAGGAUGCAGUCGCGCGUGCCGCGAUGUCUCUUCGGGCCGCCCAACUCCAAGGAGACGAUGGAACUCCUGCAGGAGGCUCUCGAGACCGAGAGGUCGCGCUUCGCUAAACGCUGGGGCGUGGACCCGUUAGCCGAAGACGAGGACAAGGAGAACGGCUCGCGCAACGGUGGCGGCGUCCUCAGACUCACGCCGACUAAGAAACGCGUGAGCCCCUACGCCAAGCAGACCAGCAUUCACGAUUAUUGGCGUUCGCGAAAAAUUUGUGAUACUGGCAAAAAAUCCAAUUCCGUUGCCUUCAUAGACGUGUCAAAAAAUCAGCAUCAACAACAUCUAUUAUUGCUACAGCAACAACUACAACAGCAACAGCAGCAACAACUACAACAGCAGCAACAAUCUCAGCCGCAUCAACAAAACUUUAUUGAUAAACUGCAAUCAUCAACAAAAUAAUUAUUUGUAUUCCAUUCUCGAAAAUUUUCGCUACGGUAUCGUGCUGGAUAUA